AUGACCCCAUUUGAGUGGGAUGCAGGAUGGAAAUGCUGCAAACCCCGCGUCUUAACCUUUGAGGAGUUCAUGGACAUCGAGCCAUGCACCCAGGGAAAGCACAGCACGACCGACAUACCACCGCAGAUCGAGAAGAAAGAAGCGGACCCGGAGCUCGUCAAGGAGGUCACCAAAGAAACCGCAGCCUCCCCCGGGCCCGCCCUCCCCCGUGCGCCCAUCAAUGCCCCCGCGCCCACACAGACGCCGCCUCCCCCGCCUCCUGAGUCAGAUGAUGACGACGCCUCCCUCGAGAUCCCCGAUGGUCGCACAUGUCGGAGGCGGGCAUGCGGUGGUGUCUACAAGAAGGGGGCGGAUCGGAAUGACACAGAGAACUGCGUGCACCACCCGGGUAUUCCCAUCUUCCAUGAGGGGAGCAAGGGAUAUACCUGUUGCAAGAGGAGGGUGCUCGAGUUUGACGAGUUCAUGAAGAUCGAGGGCUGCCAGACCAAACCCCGGCACUUGUUCAUCGGCAGCGGAAACAAAGAAAAGGGCAAAGACGCCGGCGCGGAGGAACUGCUCGAGACAGUACGGACGGACUUCUACCAGACGCCAAGCAGUGUAAUCGCGUCCUUCUUCCUGAAGAAGAUCGAUAAGAGCAUCGCCAAGGUCGUCUUCACGCAGUCUUCCAUUCAGCUCGACCUGCCCACCACCGACUCGCCCCCGAAGAGGUACAGGACCGAGGUGCCACUGUUCGGCGGCAUCGACCCAGAAAAGACCACGUACAAGAUCUUGGGCACUAAGCUCGAGGUGACGCUAGCCAAGGCGGAAGUCAGCUCUUGGCCUGUUCUAAGAGCCGAUGAUCGCCUCACGGGGGAGAUCCUCCAGGUGGGCCGAGCCGGAAAGGUGCAGUAG